GAAGCGACACGGAGGCUGAGGCGCAGGCCCAUGACGUCAGAGCAGCGUCAUCAGUGAGCGUCGGCAGCAUCAUGAGACGCUGCUGGAAGACCGGAGCGACCUUGUUGUUCGGAGCGGGACUCGGAGCGGCAGCGAGCCGCCUGCUGAGCGCCAGAGACCGGGAGGAGGGGGAGGAGAGGCCCGGUCUGCUGAGCAGAGUCCCGGUUCUCCCGGUACCGGGAGUCCAGGCGUCCGAGCUGACGGUGAGUCCAGGUGCAUCUGGAGCAGUGAUGAAGUACGGCUUCCCGUCAUUGGCCAACAUCAAGACCAGAGAGUCCUACGUCACCUCCUAUGACCCCCGCACACGCACUGCAUCCUGGGUAAUCGAGCGGCUAAACCCCGCUGCCCUGAGCGGGUCGUCAGACCGAAAGUACUGCGAGUUCAAAGAGGACGACAGCGUGCACGUUUUCCAUCGAGCCACCAACACUGACUACAGGGGGAGUGGCUUCGACAGAGGUCACCUGGCUGCAGCAGCCAAUCACAAGUGGAGUCAGAAAGCCAUGGAUGACACCUUCUACCUGAGCAACGUGGCGCCGCAGAACCCUCACCUGAACCAGAACACCUGGAACAAUCUGGAGAAACUCUGUCGCUCUCUGACCAAACGUUACCUCAACGUGUACGUGUGCACCGGCCCGCUCUACCUGCCCAGGCAGGAGGCUGAUGGAAAACUCUACGUCCAUUAUCAGGUUCUGGGUCGUAACCACGUCGCCGUGCCGACACACUUCUUCAAGGUGCUGAUCCUGGAGCAGGCAGACGGCCGGGGGGUGGAGCUUCGGUCCUAUGUUUUACCAAACGAGCCGGUGGACGAGAAGGUUCCACUGGAGCGUUUCCUGGUUCCCAUAGAAACCAUCGAGAGGGCGUCCGGCUUGCUGUUUGUCCCAAACAUCAUGAAGAGGAGCAGUAACCUGCAGGCCAUCACUGCCAAGUGACUACAGUACCCACAAUACAUCACUGCUGAAUGGACUACAGUACCCACAAUACAUCACUGCUGAAUGGACUACAGUACCCACAAUACAUCACUGCUGAAUGGACCACAGUACCCACAAUACAUCACUGCUGAAUGGACCACAGUACCCACAAUACAUCACUGCUGAAUGGACUACAGUUUGAAUGCAGUUGUCUAUUAUGUCUGAAUCUUCAUGUUUAUAGAAAACUCAGGAAAUAUUUGAAAGAUUAAAGAUGAAAGAAAAUAAAUGUUGAUUGUUUAUGUUACUGCUAAUGUAAUAAAACAUUUCAAAUUAAAA